GAAACUCUAUGCCUGAGGCCAACAGUGUAGCCAAAGACAAUUCUAAAGGGACACAAUAUUCAAGCCACGUGGCGCUCGUGGAAGAAGAAAUCGACGUAUGGCUUCCUCUCUAUUGACCAGUUCUCCACCUGGGAAGCCUUUGGUGACUAACGAAGGGGACUCGUUUACUAAGCCAAAUGACUGCGGUUUUCCAUCCAAAAGUUGUGAAGUACCCGAUUCGGUGACUUCACACUUGCCAGCCGAUCCUAACAAGGUGUGCAUCAUGGUUGAUCGAAGGGCACUCAUUAUUGGGGCCGCUGCAACAGUCGGAGCGGCAGCUGCUGUGGCCGCAGCACCUGUCGCACUCUCUGCAAUUGGAUUCGGCAAAGUUGGUGUAACGGCGGGCUCAACAGCUGCUGCUAUUAACUCAUCAAUCGGAGGAACUAUUGCCAAGGGGAGCCUGUAUUCGCUCUGCCAGCACUGGGGUGCCGUGGGCCUGCCAGCCAUGCUUAAAGCCACAGCUGCAGCAGGUGGAGCUAGUCUCGCUGGCAGUGCGGCUUACGUGGGCACGUCAGCUCCGGUGCAGUUCGUGGCUUCCAAGACAGUAGGUGGUGUCAAGGCAGUCGCCAACACCAUUGCACCAGCAGUUCCACUGGCAAUGUCUGUGGUCUCCAAAACGGGCUCGUAUUUGGUUGAUGCCACCAUGCAAAUGAAAGCGAGGCUGUAGCUGCCGGAACACAUAUGGGCAUUUUGGGCGCUGGAGCAUCUCCAGAUGGAUCUGCUAAGCCACCAGCAGCAUGCCAAUAAGCUACUUUAUAGACCACCACAGUACAAGUUUGCUUCCGGGAGUUUCUAUGACAAUAUGAAAAACAAAAUAUACGAUCUGUUAUGUUCAUGCUGGUGUUAGGAAUUCACCUGGGCUUCUCGGUUAUGGUUAAGCUUACCUAAAAAAGACCUUCAAGUCAGAAACAGCAUGUUCUGCGUGCUUUUCACAUUGUUGCCAUGUUGCCUAUGGUGCCUGUCGAAAGACUUGGGGAUUAUAGAUUUUAUUGACACACCGAAUUCUAUGCUUGUAACAGAGUUCACAGAAGCAUCUGAAAAAGUGCUUUAAAAGCAAGUGUUGAUUGAGAUAAAAAUAAAAACGAAAAAUUCCUAA